GGUGGGGGGAUUUGUCAGACAGCAACUGAGCAACCCUACCCUACCCAGCAGUAGAGUUGUUUGACGUUCUUCCUUCUCUUUAUUGCUCCGGUCAGGGAUGUCAUUUUUUGGGGUAAAACCCAGGACUUGUCCGCAAAGCUGUGGAUGCGCUUGUCUCACAAGGCACCCGUGAGACACCCGUUGAGGGGAAGAUGCGGUACCACCGGGGCUCCGUACGUUUUUUUAAUGGGGUGACUGGAUUUUUUUCUGCUCGCAGAGACUAGUUGCCGGAGCCAGGAUUGAUGGAGGUCGCCUAUUUUUCUCCGUGGGAAGCCUGUUAUUUCUAAUUGUCAAAAAGGAUCGCGCCGCGCUGUCCUUUCAGGCUCUUCGUUUAUUGGCGCGUUUCCUCAGACAGAAAAUCAACCACAAGACAUUGGGACGAAAAUAAUAUUGUUAAUAAACAAACGAACAAACAAACAAAAAAACAUCAACAAACGAUGAUCCAGCUACCAAGCACGAGCACGACUAGACGUUUGUCAGUUUUCUGUGUUUCGUCUGCCUGCGAUGAUACCGAGGAUAUUAAACCAGUGCGGUACACGAGCAUGAAGACUAGCUGAUUUUUGGCGUUUUCUAGCUUUGCCCUCUGCGGAUGAUUGACGGCUGUCUUGCACACUGGGCCCGAGACCUAUCGAACUGAUUACUCAUUCAUUCAUUCGUUUAUUUAAUUCAGGCAUUUUGCUCUCUGUCUCAGUCACCCCCACCUUCCGUCAGAGUGGACAAUUUAAAGAGGACGAUAGUCUGCGGCGAUGUGGACGGCUUUGUGAAUGUAGCCGGCUCGAUGUAGAUCUAUGUAGUGCUCCAUUCAGUUAACAGGAUUCAGUACGCAGGGACUCUCAGGGAAACAUGUCUUCUCGAUCGGCACUGCCUUCCGGGAACGAGCGAAAUUCGGAUCAUCAUGCCUCACUUACUGGUAGCCGUACAGAAAAAGGCUCUGGAUGGUCAAGUCGCUCUCAGGGCGCCCGCUGCCGCAACUCAAUAACAUCGUGUACAGAUGAACUGCCCCAUAUUGGCAACUAUCGUCUUCUGAAAACUAUCGGCAAGGGAAACUUCGCCAAAGUCAAGCUUGCUCGGCAUAUAAUGACUGGAAGAGAGGUGGCAAUAAAAAUUAUUGACAAAACCCAGCUGAAUCCAACUAGUCUACAGAAGCUGUUCAGAGAGGUGCGAAUAAUGAAGGGCUUGAAUCAUCCUAAUAUAGUGAAGCUGUUUGAAGUAAUAGAAACUGAAAAAACCCUUUUCCUAGUAAUGGAAUAUGCCAGUGGCGGUGAAGUGUUUGACUACCUCGUAUCUCAUGGGCGUAUGAAAGAAAAGGAAGCUAGAGCCAAAUUCCGACAAAUAGUUUCUGCUGUUCACUACUGUCACCAAAAGAACAUAGUGCACAGGGACUUAAAGGCAGAGAAUCUACUUCUUGAUGCAGACUCCAAUAUCAAGAUUGCAGAUUUUGGUUUCAGUAAUGAAUUCACUUUGGGUUCCAAACUGGACACCUUUUGUGGGAGUCCACCUUAUGCCGCCCCUGAGCUCUUCCAGGGGAAGAAGUAUGAUGGACCAGAGGUAGACAUCUGGAGUCUUGGGGUCAUCCUUUAUACACUCGUCAGUGGUUCACUUCCAUUUGAUGGACAGAACCUCAAGGAACUGCGAGAAAGAGUCCUGCGAGGCAAGUACAGGGUUCCCUUUUAUAUGUCAACAGAUUGUGAGAACAUCCUGCGACGAUUCUUGGUACUAAACCCUACUAAGCGUUGUACGCUGGAGCAAAUAAUGAAAGACAAGUGGAUAAACACUGGUUAUGAGGGAGAAGAGCUUAAGCCUCAUGUGGAACCUGAAGAAGACUACACUGAUACCAAACGCAUUGAUAUAAUGGUUGGAAUGGGCUACACCAGGGAAGAAAUCAAAGAUGCUCUCACAAAUCAAAAGUAUAACGAGAUCACAGCCACUUAUUUGCUACUGGGACGCAAAAACAAUGAACUGGAAUGUGCUGAAUCUAAUUUGGGAAGUACCCUUUCUUUGGCUCGAAUACGACCAGCUAAUGACAUCACCAAUGGAACCAGCAAGCAUUCAUCAACAUCGUCAUCUUCAUCAUCACACAGCAAAAGCCAGCGAAGUUCCUCUACUUACCAUAGGCAACGACGGCAUAGUGACUUCUGUGGGCCAUCUUUACCAGCAGCCCAUCCAAAACGUAGCCCCACCAGUACAGAGGAUACAGAGCUCAAAGAAGAGCGCAUGCCUUCCCGCAAAGCCAGUUGCAGCGUUGUGGGCAGCCGCAGCAUUCCGCCAUCCAGUCCAAUGGUUAGCAGUGCCAAUAAUCCCAACAAAUCGGAGAUUCCAGAGAGACGUAAAGAAAUUAAUGCCACAACUAAUAAUAUCCCAGCCAGUGCCAUGACAAGAAGGAACACAUAUGUAUGUACAGACCGCUCAAAUACAGACAGACAUUCUUUACUACAAAAUGGCAAGGAGAACAGUACGGGAUCUCAUCGUGUACCACCGGCGUCACCUUCUACACACAGUAUUGCAGCCGCCACUUCCUCAGCCUGUGAUCGUUCACGUCUUUCUCGUGGCUCCACUAUUCGCAGCACUUUUCACGGUGGGCAGUUACGUGAUCGACGAUUGCCGCCACAUGCUGGACCACCCACUUCCCCAACUCUUUCCCAUGAUGCAUCACCACUGCCACAUGCACGGAGUCGUGCCACCUCUAGUCUCUUCAGUAAACUCACAUCUAAGCUAACACGGAGGGUCAAUCUUGACCCCAGUAAACGGCAGAACUCAAACAAAUCUGUUUCAGGCUGUUCCUCUCUCCCACAGGGAUCUAAAACAGUUAAUGAACCUGAGAGAAUCUGCAGAUCUCCGAUCGCAAGUCGCCAUCUACCUGGGAAUAAAAAAGAGGCAGAGCCCCGGGCCUCCCGAUCUGGCUGGGAUGUGAAGGUGCGGAGCACACAGGACCCAACGGAGAUGUUGGCAGCACUAAGAGAGGCUGUGCAAGCCUGUGGGUGCCAAGUGCACAGUGCUGGACCAUUUCUGCUGUCUUGUACCAAUGGAGUAGCGGGCUCCCGCAUUGCUUUUGAAGCUGAAGUGUGCCACCUGCCAGCAGGACCUGCAGCAACUAGUGGAAUAUGCUUCAGACGGGUAUGGGGUGCUCCCCUUGCCUUCCAACACAUUGCCACAAAAAUCUCCAAGGAACUGCAACUCUGAGGUUAGGACAGGAUGAGGAAGGGGUUAGACCUAGGAACUCAAAGGCAAACAAAUAUAAAAACAUGGAGUAUCCCCUUCCUCAAUCCUUUUGUAGCUUAGCAGAGGCCUUGAAAUCCCAAAAUCCCCCAUAAUUCUUUUAUUUUUAUUUUUAUAAAUUUUAACAGCUGCUGAUUAAAGAGAAAGAGUACACAGUAAAUUAUUCUGUUCAAAUGAUCUUUUAUAACACAACCAAGAGGCAGUUAUAUACAAAGGAAAUUUAUAAAGAUAUUGGAUGAAGGCAAAUCAACGUAAAACAAGCUGUUGCCGUUGUUGGAGUUCGAUACUCUGCUCAUGUUAUACUUUAACUACUCUGAUCAAGGCUGUCGUAACCCCUUUUUCUUUCCCAUGUUCGCCGAUUCAAGCUGUAAAGUAUGAAUAUCAAGCACUGCCAAUAUGUCAGUCGGUUCAUUUUCUACAAUGUAUAAAUUUAAAUUCAUGUAUGCAUUCAAAUGUUUGUUAGUUCUGUAAAAGUUUUUUUUUGUUUUGUUUUGUUUUUUUGGCUGCCAGGUUUUGAUUUUAAAUGAGGAUAGCAAACUAUGAUCCGAAGGUGUAUUCUUUUAAAGAGAAGAAAUGUGCAGAUUCAAUUUGUGAAGGUCUAUUAAAAGUCUGUCAUGUGCUACUGACACGCCAAAAUGCUCUAAAAAAGAUGAAUGUGGAGACCGUGCUUCAGAGCCUUGUACCUGAUUUUUAUGACAUUGUCGUCUUCAUUCCUACUUGUACACACUAGAGUAAGAUGGCUUUUCAGCUGGUUAUUAAUAGCAUUUCAGUAAUCACUGAAAACAUUAAUUUGGCACUCAGUGAGAGGUUCGGUUGGAAUGAAGACGGAAGCUUAGUCCACACUAACACGGAUGAAUUGAACAGCAUAUCUGCUGUUUGUUUUGGCUUUCCAUCCACUGUGAAACUGUGUUGUCAACCACCAAAUCUUUUUGAAAACCGUUUCCAAAGUGUAUUAAUUUGGAAACACUGCCACUUGUAUGACAGUGUGAAUAGGGAAGAUGGAACGUUCUAAAAACUGUGAAGCUUGAUUGUCUUGUGAUCAAGCACCGACAGUUUUAUUGUGAUAAACUCCCAUCUUAAAUGUUGGGAUUCUCUGCAUGAGCCGAUGGGAACUAUGCUUUGAAUCGCUCAAAUAUUUUACCAUAUUAAUUUGGACAAGGCUCCCAGUCUAUAUUUUCCAUGGCUUUGGCUACCUUAUACUUACUUGUUAUAUUUAAAAGUAGUUGUAUUUCACUGUCUUUUCAGACAGAGAAGUCUGAUUUGGCAUUUUCUCCCGGUACACCAUGUUUUGCCUCUGCUUUUUGGCAUUUCAGUCUCCUUUGCCCCAUAUGCAAACCACACAUGCCCACAAUAAGCAAGAUUUAUACACUUCUAGCUUUUCAAUGUGGAUGAUAAACUUUGAGACCAUGAUUUCAAAUUGUUAGUGUGGAUGGAAAAUGUUUAAAACAAAAUCAGAGAUUUUACAAUUAUCUAGGUUGGUGUGGAUUAGAUCUGAGAUACACUGCAGUGCUAAAGGGACAUGGUGAUGAAACAAAUCUCUGCACAAGUUGUACAUGUUAACCAGAUCUUAACAUCCUUGCGCACACACAGGUAUUGUGAAUUUUAUUCUUCAUGUUUGGAAGCCUCAAAUUAGAGAAGACUUACUGACAGUGUUGGUUUUUCAAGUGAUAUAUCCAUUCCUUUCGUGAUCACCAAUACAUUUCAGUAAGCAGAUAGAAUAAGAAAUUUAUACCAAAAGUUAAAAAGCACAUUUUAGAAAAAUAUUUUAAAGGGAAAAAGUACAAGGCUGUUAAGAGAACAGAUGUUAUCGCUAUUGGCAGACGAGCACAUUGAAAACUGGACAAUGGCCUCACUGAAAAAAGGGGGAAUUCUACAGCUUUUUGAGUACUGUUUUCCAUUUUAUGUUCUUUUCAUAAUAUUCUGAUGCUCACUCUAAGGUUGUCUGGGAAGCAGCUGACACAGGAAGCCGGAUUUUAAUUACUCCUAAGAAGCAACUGUGUUGUACAAUUGUUGUGCAAAAAUGGCCAAGGAGUUUCCCUAUGAAGCAUUGCAGAUUGACAGGUCUCGUAUGUAAUCAUUCUCUUUCUUUUGCUGACGUCGUUGUCUUCUGUGUCCAUUCUAGAUGACUGUGUCUCUUACUCAUCACACCCCAGCUCUUCUCCAGGUUCUACCUCUGGUUCCCGGCCUCAAGGGUGGUUGCUUCCAGAGUCCAAUAAGCAAUGACUGAGCCCUCUGUGCUUUCUUAAUGAUUCAAGUGAAUUUGAAAAAAAAUGCUUAAACACUGGCUUCAAGUUGAAUGAAUGUUGUUUUCCCUUACUGUCAUUUUUUUAUACUGAUGUAUUUAUUGGAUUUGUACUUGUAUUUAAAUUCACAAGUUGCUCAAGAGUGAGUUCCUCUCACACACAAGGUCUCUGCUGGAUAAGGACCUGUUGGCUAACACUGUUUAUGUUUAACUGUCUGUUUUUUAUUUUUGAGUUCUCUUUUUAAUGCUUUACACUUUAAGCAUACACCUUUAACUGAGGCAGAAGUGUUGCACAUAUACAGUAUGAGAGGAUAAAAGUUAGACAUGCAGAAAAUAAAUAAAAGUAAAUAAAUAAAAAAUGAAUGUGGGGGGGAAAAGAAUUUACUUCAUAUGUCAGCUGUCUGCAGAGCAGUUUACUUCAAUACAAUAGACAGAGACGAGGCUGCUGGUCUGAUGACAUGUGGGGGCAAGGCUGCGUUUCAUAAGGGAAAUCAUUUAUGUGGCAGGAGUUACUGAUGCUUACCUGGGGAGGCACGAGGAGAGUCACUGUAAUAUUUUAAAAUGUGGGGAGAAGUGUUGUUUACAGAAGGAAAAGGUUUACCUUUCGUUUCAUUUUUUUACACGUACCUAAUUCUGUGUAAAUUUUGUGUUGGCUUGUUGUAUUCUUCUGAUUGCAGGAAAAAAGCAAGCUGAUCAAACCGCCACGAAGUUAUACUGUUCGGUGUGUCUUAAAUCAGUGGAAUUAAAAUGAAAUGUUACAGUGCCAAGAGUUACUCCCAGGUGACCCCUUUUACCCAGAUUAUCCAGCUGUCUGUCUUGGGUGUAGGGGUGGGCAGGCUUACACAGGUGCUUUGGGUAUUACCCUCCCAUCUGGAGUUCUCUAGAUUUCUACAGUAGGUGUGAUACCCUCAAGUGGGCCUUAGUCACAUUGUUCCUUUCAUUUUUGACUCCCAGAUGCCCCCUGCUAGUGAAAGUAGUUUGAAGUGUAUAACAGUAACGGAGAAGGAUUGAGUUGUACAGAACGUGAUUGUGGCUGCUUAUCUUCUGCCUGGGUUUGCCGCAGUCUAUCCAGCUCACAGUAUUGUGUCAGUUAUGCUGACUAUGGUGUCGGCAGAGGGGGGUGAAUGCUUGCCCUUUCUGCACAGUUACGUGAAAACAGUAUGUUCAAUAUUGAAUCACCUAUGGCAUUUUGAAAUGGUUCUAAUUUUUUUAUAGACACCCUACACUAGCAUUUAGAAUGCCCUGCUAAAGUUCAGAACGCUUAUUGUACCAACACAAAUCUCAGAAACAUUUUAAAAAGCAUUUUACAUCAGUAAGAAAAUCUGGGAAAGAUGCUUACUCUGCUCACAGUCUUUUGUCAUCCACAAAACACUUUGGAUUACAGUGAUGUCUGCAUUGAGCCUGACGUCAUUUCUAGUAACAUUAUCACUGGCUGCCUGGUGCUUGAAAUUCCAUACACGCUUCCAGAUGUGAGUGAUGAUCUAUUAUAUGGUGCAUCAUGUAGUGAAGAAGUGCUGUGGAUUUAGCACAGUUCUGCAGUGCAGUGAGGUUGCUUUCUUUUUCUUUCUCUUGGCCACCUAAAACCUUUCAAUUGGUCUUACUUCCACAACAGUUCCAUGCCUUUAAUAGUGAACUUUUUAUCAUGUAGACAUGUUCGAGAAACACAAGCUCCAUGCAGUCAUUUUGUCAAACCAUUUAGAUUCAUAUGUGAAAGCUAAAUACUCAGAAAAGAAUAUGAUGGAAUUGAAGACCGCUGUGUUGAUGUGAUGUGAUUUCACUUACUGAUUCUGCAAUAACAGUUCUCGUUGAAUUAUUAUGAAGCUACUGUUUACUAUUCCUUUGGUUAGUAAUUCAGUCAUUUCUCGAUUCUUCGCUACUAGGGCUAGUGGUUAUUUACUAAGAAGUAAGUACUAUAGAAUUGAAAGCCCCUGUCAGAAUCAUCCUGAGUUAUCCUACGCUGAGUUAUAGUCCGUUCACUCUACACACCACUCCUCUCCAUUCUGGUCAAUUAUGGAGUCGGUCCUUUGACAGUUUGGUGAUUUUAUCUGGCAGAGGGCUGCACAUUAUCUGCCUCCUGACUUGUAAGUGGCCCUGUAGAAGCUGAGCUUGGCCUGUGUCUCUUCUCUCGUGUCACGCGUCAGACGAUCAACUGCAAUAACUAUUCUUGUUUGAAAUCUCAUGAGGCCACUAUUUACCAUUUACUUGUUGAGUAAUUCAGUCAGAUAUUUAUUUUCUCGAUUCUAAAUGAUGCUACUAGGGUUGGCUAUUACUUAGUGACAUGUGAGUAAGUUCUAUAGAAGUGAAAGCCCUGUCUAAAUUCCUAUAAGAGCCAAAGAGUAACUGGUCACCUCUACUACAAGCGAAAUACAAAUCCAAAAUUGGGAAUUUGAGAAUCUCUUGACAAAAAAAGUAUAGAGAUUGCACUGUGAUUGAGUAGGUUUUAUAUUGCCAAAAAGCAUGCUCUCUAUGAAAUGAUUUUUGUUCUUGGCCUUCUUGAAGUCUAAACAUUGUCAUCGCCCGUAUUAACUACAUGUCAAGUUGUUUCAAAACGAACAACUGUACCCAGGCUGUGAGAUAUAGCACACCCAUAAAGACAACGUAACAAAUGUAGAAUAUAAAAGCGACACAUUUGCACAUACUGCUUGCUGUAGGAGCUGCUCAAUGCGCUGUUCACUUUCCACACGCUGUGUUCAUCACUCGAGAGUGUAAGAGCAGAGUGGAGUUUAGUUAAAUCCAUUCCACUUUUACACAAAGCAUUGUUGGCAUACAAAGUGACUUACUUAUUAGAGAACUUCACAGGGGAUUGGGUAACCUUUAGGGGUACUUAGAUACGUGUCCCUUAGGUCUGAACACUGUGGCAUUUUAAACACUGAACACUGGAGAGCCCUGGUUAUACUGCAGGGCUGCGUCUGCCUUCAUUUCUGUUUACCAUGGACUUCUAAGGGCUAUCUGACUGAAGAAUUCAAAAGAAUUUGGGACUAGUCAUCAGAUUGUAGUUUGAUGUGACGUGCAUGGUACUAAAUAGCGCAUACUUGAACUUCUGGCUGUGUUUACUCAGUUUUAAGAGGAUCUCUGAUUUAUCCAGGCUUUUAGAGUGACUGGUAUCAGGGAAUCACGUGGAGUGAUACAUGGAGCUCUGCCAAGCUGUGGUAACAUACGUUUUAUGUUAUUUUUAACCAUGUACAAAAUUUGUUAUAACACAUUUGACCUUUAAGAUGAACUGAUAAAUAGCAGUGUAUGUUCAUGGUAACCUUGUCCUUUUAGAGGUUAGAAAAUGUGAUGGCUGUCCUCAGCAACAUUAGGAAAUCAUAUCACAUUGUCAAACUUGUUCAAUCCAAGUCACUGUCACCGAGGCCUGAGCUGCCAGUUCUGGCUGCAGUAGCAUAACAUUCACUAAGAAAAUGUCCUUUAGCGUUUGAUCACCAGCAGCACAUCCAUCAAACAGGAACUACUGUAUAGCUUAAAAUGUUUGUUUCCAGUAAAUCUAGACUGAAGACCAUUUUAUUAUCCACUCCCAAUGUUAGUCAUCAAUUCCAGCCCCUAACAUCAUCUUCAUGCAGUUCAGUGGCACAAGCAGCAGAGAUGGAACAGGACACGGCAUUGUCAUGCUUACACACGCACACUCCCACCCUCGCUUAGCUGUUCAGUGUUGCCAAAGGGUGUAAACCCUCCACCCCUCUGCUCCUUUAGUUAAUAAUUCCCUCUUUGCAUAUUGUGAGAAGUUAAUUUACAAGACGUGAACCAGUCAUUCUCCUUGUACCAGCUGUUCCUCAAAGAGGAGAAUUUGAUUUUUAACGUUUGCUGCAGGUACUUCAUACUCCUCCAACUUGGCGCUCCCCUAGCUAGAGAAGGACAAGCUGUAAAUUCGUUGUUUUCCCAAAGUUGUUGUUGUUUUUAGAUAGCUCAGUGCUGAUAAUUUUUAAAAGCCUUCUGAUUCGACAGCCAUUCAUGUACAUAAUAUUCAGAAUGUGUGAUGGUUAAAAAUGUAGGGCAUAUUUGAUUAUUGCUGUCCAUCCAUUUUUUUCAAACCUGCUCAAUCCGGUUUAGUUUUAGAGGGGCCAAAGCCUAUGAUGGCAGUAGUGGGCACAAAGCAUGACCAGCACCGGUCCGGGGCUCUAGGCCAUCUUAGGACACACUCACUCAUAUAUUUCAAAUUGUCAGUAAACCCGCAAAUCAUGGGGUUGUGCCAGGAAACUUCAUAACAAAUCACGGCGGUUUCUUUUAGAUGUUAAAGGAACAUUUCAUAUGUUUGGAUGCUUUGACUUGAGUGUUACAGCAUUAAACCAGCCAAAACCCCUUUUGAAAUUCUUUGUGGAUGCAAAGGCCUUAUUAAGAUAAUCAUUGUACUUUCCCAUGAUUCCUAAUUGCCUCCUGUCCCCUGCCUCACUCAGCAUCAAAUGGUUCCACAUCAGAUACUUAAAACACUCACUUUCUUAACAUUAUGAUGAAAAUGAAGCAAUCGGUAAGCUAAGUCGUAAUUUACCAUUUUCUCUCCAUAAUGGUUCAACUAAGGCUGCCACAAGUGUGGUUUGAUCUUUCGAUAACCACACAAAUUCGAUGAAAAUCAAUGUCCUAGAAGUGCUGCAGCGAGGAGAAUGACAAGACAGGCUUGAAACCGAAAAGCCCGCACAAGGAGGUUUCCAGCGAGCAAGUGAGUGGAUGGGUUCUUGAGUUCUCUGUCACAUUUCCCCUGCCGAGGGUCACAAGUGGACUGAUUUGACAGCUUUCUUUGGUCUGAUCAUUAACAGCCUUUCAUAAUGAGGUACAAACUCUUUUCCCCUUGUAAAAACCCCUCAGAGUGCUUGUAUUUGUAUUACUGUGUAGAAAAAAAUAUGGUUAAAUUAAUGAAAUUUUAAAUUAUUAUAUUUCAUUUACUAGAUCAGACGUGUCUAGAUGUGAAUCUGCAGGGUACAAACCUCAAACAAUAAAAUUUACCAAUAUUAAAUUA